GGAUAUAGUGAAUGCGGGGUCCGGGAGAGCGGAUAUAGUGAAUGCAGGGUCCGGGGAGACCAGAUAUAGUGAAUGCAGGGUCCGGGGAGAGCGGAUAUAGUGAAUGCAGGGGUCCGGGGAUAGCGGAUAUAGUGAAUGCAGGGUCCGGGGGGAGAGCAGAUAUAGUGAAUGCAGGGUCCGAGGAGACCAGAUAUAGUGAAUGCAGGGUCCGGGGAGAGCGCAUAUAGUGAACGCAGGGUCCGGGGGAGACCAGAUAUAGUGAAUGCAGGGUCCGGGGAGAGCGGAUAUAGUGAAUGCAGGGUCCAGGGAGAACGAAUAUAGUGAAUGCAGGGUCCGGGGAGA